UUUCUUCCUUCUUUGGGUUCCAGAUCCUUCCGCAUUGCCUUGGACUACCCUGACCCAAUCAACAUGAGAGGGUUUCUUGCCUGAAGAGUACUCUUUGCCCGUGACAACAGCUGCACCAUGGGCCUUGAGAAUGAUUUGCCCAACACCACAGCCUUCUGGUUCCCCUCACCGUCUCAGUUUGACAGCUUCCCCCCAGAGACUCCUGCCACCAACACCUCCAUCAACAUCACAAGCCACCACUAUGACUUGACUAGCAAUGCCAUCCUCACCUUCAUCUACUUUGUGGUGUGCAUUGUGGGCCUCUGCGGCAACACUCUGGUCAUCUAUGUCAUCCUCCGUUACGCCAAAAUGAAGACGAUCACCAACAUCUACAUACUCAACUUGGCUAUAGCGGAUGAACUGUUCAUGUUGGGGUUGCCUUUCCUGGCUAUGCAGGUGGCUCUGGUUCACUGGCCCUUCGGGAAAGCCAUCUGCCGGAUCGUCAUGACAGUAGACGGGAUCAAUCAGUUCACCAGCAUCUUCUGCCUCACAGUCAUGAGCAUUGAUAGGUACCUUGCUGUGGUCCAUCCUAUAAAAUCUGCCAAGUGGAGGAGGCCAAGAACAGCAAAGAUGGUCAAUGUAGCUGUCUGGGGCAUCUCCCUUCUGGUCAUACUACCCAUCAUGAUAUAUGCUGGAGUGAGCAAUAACCACGGGAGUAGUAGCUGUACCAUGAUCUGGCCAGAUGAGUCUGUUGCUUGGUAUGUUGGCUUCAUCAUCUAUACCUUCAUCUUGGGCUUCUUGGUGCCCCUCACCAUCAUCUGCCUUUGCUACCUGUUUAUCAUCAUCAAGGUGAAGUCCUCUGGCAUCAGGGUGGGCUCCUCCAAGAGGAAAAAGUCAGAGAAGAAGGUCACCAGGAUGGUCUCCAUUGUCGUUGCCGUCUUCAUCUUUUGCUGGCUUCCCUUCUAUAUCUUCAACGUCUCGUCGGUCUCUGUUUUGAUUGAGCCAACACCUGUCCUCAAGGGCAUGUUUGAUUUUGUAGUGGUCCUCACCUAUGCCAACAGCUGUGCCAACCCCAUCCUUUAUGCCUUCUUGUCCGACAACUUCAAGAAGAGCUUCCAAAAUGUCCUCUGCCUUAUGAAAGUCAGCGGCAUGGAUGAGGCCGACAGGAGUGACAGCAAGCAGGACAAGUCUAGGCUAAACGAGGCCACAGAAACCCAGAGGACAUUGCUCAAUGGUGACCUUCAGACAAGCAUCUGAAAGAUCUCUGCCCACUCGUCUCCUUCCUGCUUCUACGCAGAAGCCCACAGCAAGUCAGCAUAACGGCCUUUGGUCCUUCUUUCAAGGGAAUGGUAAUGCAUGCGAAGGAUUGGUUCAGGGGACAGACUUGCUUCUCGGCCAACAGCAGGCUGGUUUUAAGGAUAUUAAUCGAAAGGAGAAGUAUAUUAUGGGAGUGAUCGACUAGAAAUACUCAUAAAUGUGUACACACUUGUACAUGCAUGUUUGAAUACAAGAGAUGAUGCAGCAAUGGUAGUAUCCCUGUG